AUGGGCUGGACCCUUGGAGGCACGAUGAUUCGCGGCGAUGCAGAUGAUGCAGAUGAUACACCCGAGAGCAAGAGACUAUUGCUGGCCAUGAAAGAAAAACCAGAGGCGACCCGCAACGAGCAGGAUCAAGGACUCUUCCCAAAGCCGGCUCCAAACCUCCCGUUCAAAAAAUGGAUGGAUAGCUUUCGCACGCGCAAACGGAUACCCCCAACGAUCCCGGAAAGAUUCGUGGCAGGCUGGCCGGACUCACCCCCGUCGGAUAUAUCCACACAGAACCAGUUUCCGUUUCCUGCUCUAUCACAUGAGCAGCAUUGGGAAAGAUCUUCGAAUCAUUCCUCGCACCUAGGAACGGUCAAAACUACAACUUUAAGCAUUGCGAGUCCGAGUGUCGCGAGAUCUCGAGCCAAUACCCAGAGUACAACUAGCCAGAAUGGCACGUCGCCCGUUCGAGCUUCAGCAGACAGCUCUCGACCAACAUCAAGUACAUAUGUGGAUGAAGCCGCAGAGCAGCGCGCGACAAAAAGGCGCCAGCUUCUACGAGAGGUUCUUUCAACGGAAGCUGACUAUGUUCAGGGCCUGACUGCCCUCACCGGGGUAGAUUCUGCCCCUCUAUACUUCAACUAUGGAUACAAGAAGCUAAUGAAGUCCAAAGGUACUCCCAAUGCUCAACAUUAG